CAAAAACAGAAAACGGCGCCCAAGAGCUCCUUCUUCUUCUUCUUUUAUUUUCUGAAAAAUCCGCCGCACAACUUACCCAAAAUUCCCUAAGCUAAGGGCCUUACACCAUCAACUUCCCUGUUUACAAGAAAUAACCGCCACCCCAGUUCCCUUCUCGUCGGUUUCGCUAAAAUAGGAUUAGAUAUGUGGAAUUGGUAACAAUGGCGCAACAAGACAUUUGUAUUUUAUCAGACUGAAACUCUUUUGUUCCACAACAACUACGGCAAAUGUAGAGCAACUUAAUGUCAAAAUUUUUGUUUUCAGGAAUAUGGAUGACACUUGUCUUUGGCGAGGUCGUUGCCUUUCACUGCACGACAUAGUGGGUCACACGAUCCUCUGGGUCCGUCGUGCCGUCAUAUAUUUUUAAGUACGAUGGCAUUUUGAAGGUUUUAGAUAUGACAUGCGGUGGAUUCUCAUCAUUGUACGAUUGUUCCACGAAUCGGCUGGCGUCCCUUUUUGGAAAAAGCUUUGGAGCACCCGUUUGUGCGUUCUGAGAAGAUGAGUUCUAGGAAGAAGACACCUUUCCAGAAACACCGAGAAGAGGAAGAGGCGAAGAAGAAAAGAGCAGAGGACGAAACAGCUUGUCUGUACCAAGAGUUUGUAGAGUCAUUUCAAGCGGAUGAUACACCUGGUUCUAAAGCUUUUGUUAGAGGGGGAACCAUCAAUCCGAAUGAUAAGUUGAAGAUUGAUUCUGAUGGUUCCAAAGAUGAGGUUUGUGGUUUAAAGAAGGGAAGUAGGUAUGUUCCAUCUUUUUUACCACCUCCUACGGCAACCAAGAGCAGAGAUUAUGAGAAGAAGGAGGAGAAAACAAGGGAAAAGGAGAAAGGAAAACCAAGGAACAUCGACUAUUUUAUGGAGGAACUGAAGCAUGAGCAAGAAAUGAGGGAAAGGCGUAACCAAGAACGUGAACACUGGCGCGAUCGUCAUACUGAUAAUCCAGCUCCGUCUAGUCGGUUUGAUGAGCUGCCAGAUGAUUUUGAUCCUAGUGGAAGGCCUGGAUCAUUGGAUGAUGGGGACCCACAGACCACAAAUCUAUAUGUUGGAAAUUUAUCGCCUCAGGUUGAUGAAAAUUUCCUUUUGCGUACUUUUGGGAGAUUUGGCCCUAUUGCGAGUGUAAAAAUAAUGUGGCCGAGGACAGAAGAGGAAAGAAAGCGACAGAGGAAUUGUGGAUUUGUAUCUUUCAUGAAUAGGGCUGAUGCUCAGGCUGCAAAUGAUGAGAUGCAAGGAGUGGUGGUUUAUGAGUACGAGUUGAAGAUCGGGUGGGGCAAAUCUGUCUCUUUACCAUCCCAAUCACUCCCUGCUCCCCCUCCGGGACAAAUGGCAAUCAGGAGCAAGGAGGGUAGCACUGUCAUCUUAUCUGGUCCAUCAGGUCCUCCAGUUACUUCUAUACCAAGCCAGAACUCUGAACUGGUUCUUACCCCAAAUGUACCUGAUAUUAUGGUUGUCCCACCGGAAGAUGAUCACCUUUGCCAUGUUAUUGGUACCAUGUCUCUGUAUGUUCUCGAUGGAGGCUGUGCUUUUGAGCAGGCCAUAAUGGAGCGAGGCCGUGGGAAUUCUCUCUUCAACUUCUUAUUUGAGCUUGGCUCCAAGGAGCAUACAUAUUAUGUUUGGAGACUUUAUUCUUUUGCUCAGGGGGAUACUCUUCAACGCUGGCGCACAGAACCUUUUAUCAUGAUCAGUGGUAGUGGAAGGUGGAUACCACCUCCUCUGCCUACAUCAAAAGGAGACGAGAAUGAAAGGGAAUUGGGGACUGCAUAUGCUACUGGAAAAAGCAGGCGUGUAGAAGUAGAAAGGACAUUAACUGAUGCACAGAGAGAUGAAUUUGAGGAUAUGCUACGUUCAUCGACUCUUGAAAGAAGUCAGAUAAGAGAAGCAAUGGGUUUUGCUCUAGACAAUGCUGAUGCUGCUGGGGAGGUAGUUGAAGUUCUAACAGAGUCUUUGACGCUUAAAGAAACUCCAAUACCAACAAAAGUUGCCCGGCUUAUGCUUGUCUCAGAUAUUCUCCACAAUAGUAGUGCUCCUAUUAAGAAUGCAUCAGCAUAUCGCACUAAAUUUGAGGCCACUUUACCAGACAUAAUGGAAAGUUUCAAUGACUUGUAUCAUAGUAUUACAGGAAGGAUUACUGCUGAGGCCCUCAAAGAGAGAGUUCUGAAAGUUCUUCAAGUGUGGGCUGAUUGGUUUUUAUUUUCCGAUGCUUAUGUCAAUGGUUUACGUGCAACUUUUCUUCGAUCUGGGAACUCCGGUGUCAUCCUUUUUCAUUCUCUUGGUGGUGAUGCCCCUGAACUAGAACAAACGAUCAGUACUAAAACUGCACUGGAUGGUAACAAGGUUAACCAAGAUGCUGCACUGGCAAUUGGGAAAGGAGCUGCCAUGAAGGAGCUACUGAGUCUUCCCCUUCCGGAGUUAGAAAGACAAUGCAGGCACAAUGGUUUGUCUCUCAUAGGUGGUAGGGAAAUGAUGGUUUCUCGGUUACUUUACCUUGAGGAAGCAGAGAAACAGAGAGGAUAUGAACUGGAUGAUGAUCUAAAACAUGUAAACCGUCCAAAUUCUGACAGAUACCUUAGUAGCCAAAAAGAGACCAAUAAUAAGUUGGAUCAGAUGGCUUCAGGCUGGAAUAGUUAUGUGAAUGACGACAAACAACUCGAAGGCGAAGUCUCUAUGUCGUCAGUUCCCUCAAAUUCUAGUCCACAGCUUGAUUCAAAUGACUUAUUUGAUGAGGGUAAAAAUCGGUCUAUUUUGCCAGCCUCUAAAUGGGCCAGGGAGGAUAAUGAAAGUGAUGAUGAACAAAAGAGAGAUAUGAGAGACCUGGGGUUGACAUAUUCAUCUUCUGGAAGUGAAAAUGCUGGGGAUGGCAUUCGUAAGAUUGAGGAGACGGGACUUACAACUGACACGAGCAAUUCAACACAUCUAGAAAGUGGAAUGACUGAAGAACAGAGACAAAAGUUGAGGCGCUUUGAGGUUGCUUUGAUUGAAUAUCGCGAAUCUCUUGAAGAGCGAGGGAUAAAUAAUCCAGAUGAAAUAGAAAAGAAAGUUGAAAUCCAUCGGCAACGACUUCAAUCUGAAUAUGGUUUAGCAAAUUUCAGUCAAGAUGUUUCAAGAAAGACGAGUAGGUCAACUUCAGAGAGGAGGGACAAGAGAGAGGAUCCCUGGGAAACUUCAAGGAAACGUCAUCGAAGCAGAAGCGGAAGUGAAAGUCCUCAGAGGAAAUCUUCCAGCAGAGACGGGGAAAAUGAUGUGAACAGAGACAAGGAAAAACGACGAGAGAGGGAAAGAGUUCACGAUGUAGAAAGUGAAAAACAGAGAGACAGUGGACGGGAGAGGAAGAGAGGAAUCAGGGAGAGGGAUGGCGAUAGUAGAGACAGAUCCAGGGAGAGAAGACGAGUCAGAUGAAUACAUUGUGCUGUUACUGUAUCCUUAUAGAUGCUUUUUGACCUGUAGAAUGCAUUAUGGGCCGGAAAAGAUGCAUCGCUUGGAGAGAGUCUCAUGUUUGUAUUUCUAAAUAGACCUUUAACAGUAGAUUUUGCUCUUGUAUGUAGCUUUUUGAUCUAAAUCUUAGAAAAUCGUUUGGAUUUCUUAUGAAGAUUUGCAUUUCUCUCGGGCGGUUGCCACCAAAACUCGGUUCUCUUUUGUAUUUGACUCAAAAAAGUGCAAAUAUUUGGCGUGCUCCUGCUCGGUUAAAUUUA